UUUGCAUGGGCUUGUGGACACGGCGGUUGGGCUUCGCGCGUGUGUUUUGUGCCGUUAAUUUAGGCCAUGAGGAUCUAUUAAACGAGGCUUGCGUUUUGUUGUGGUUCGUAGCAUGAUUAUUUGGCAUUUGUUUGUUCAUACUCUUCAUCGUGGUAUGCGGUGAACGUACGAUUCACACAGUUUUCAACAGUGAACAAAGUUCAUUGGGGUUGUGUUGGUGCGAAAUGUAGAUCGGUGACACGGCAGGCUUUGAGUGGAUCAAUCCGGGUGCUGUCACACUUAUGUUGGGAUAGGGAAUGGGAGAUGUGAAAAUUUAAUUUAAUGUGAAUUUACAGUUAGUUGGCUAACCGGAAUCUGUUGGAAUGUGAUAAAAGUGCAAAAAUGCACAACGUAGGCAACAUAUGUUAGUGUUUGUAUGCUGGUUGCAUAGUUCGGGUGGUGGUUAGUUCUGUAUCAAUUGUGCUUAUGUUGUACAUGUUGGCAGUGGUAUUUAGCGUAUUUUCGGGCAGUAUUGGCAAUGAAAGUUCAAACAAUUGAAAUUGCAAAUCAUCAUAUCUUUGCAACAAUUUUUAACUGUGUUUUUGACAAAUGUUAAGAAUAUCGACAUCCUUUGGCUUGGUAGUGGUGUAUGAUGUAGGUGAAAUGAACGAAGAGAAGAUAUAUAUUUGUCUUUCGAAAGUAUAUCGAAAAUGAAUGUAUGAAAUAUCAUUCUGUUAUUCUUAAAAUAUAUUUGAGUGCUGUCAUCGUCCUGAUUUGUUAUAAAGUUCUAAUAAAAUGAUAUCUAUCUGUUACGCGUGAAUCUCGCAGUUACUUGUGAAUGAAAGGUAUCUUGAAUCAACGAAGAAGUGUUAUAAAAACAGUCUCACUGAAAACAUUAACAUAGCAUGUUUAUGUGUGUGUGUAUUUAAGAAAGAGUAAUAUAAGCGUGUAAACGAAAGAUAGAUUGCAUUGAAGAGUUCGAAGAUUAACUUCAAGCUGUGUUGGAGUCAGUUAGCUGCAAAUUACAGCUGUUUUCAUGCAAAUCGAAAGUUGAAAUUGCAUUGCUCAAAUCGCAUAAGGCAUUAACCGUACCUUAAAUCGCUGUUAGCUGCGCCAGGUCACUGAUGAAGAUGAAGAUUGGGAAUGCAAAAGCGAAAUGAUAUUGGAGUGAAAUAUUUGGAUCAAAAGUCGUGGUUCAGAUUCAGUUUUGGUUGAGUAAUAUUGCUCUAACAACGGUGGAGUUAUAAUCGCUUUGUAUAAUAUGAAAAAAGAAGAGCUAGAAAAAUAAAAUUUAUGUGAUUUGGAAUAUCUGCAAAUUUAGUGAAUGAAAAGCAAAAGUAAGUGCACCAGACGCGAUUAUAUAGGGCUGUUUAUUUUUCCUAGUAACUGUAAUCUGUUUCUCCCACGAACGGAAAUUGUUUUUGGCAUUGAAUGGAUACCUCAAAGUAAUAUAUCCUGGAUGUCAGAUUAGUUUCAGGAAAAAUCGUCUGGUGUUUCCGGCUCAUAAUAACGGUAUGAAGACUCAGCCCCCGCAAACGUUGGACUAUCAUUAACUUUUACCAAUCUUCUGGAGCCCGACACGUACCCACAGGCGCCAUCCAGCAAUGAUUACCCAGCGAUGGGCAGUUUUAAUACCAUUCGUUGCGAUAGCGCUGCUGCUAGAGACAUGUCACUGCAACUUACCGCCCAUCUUUACGCAAGACAUGAACAACUUGGCUUUGUCCGAAUCUAUCCCGGUCGGUAGUGUCGUCUAUCGGCUGGAGGGUUACGACCCGGAAGGCGGAAACGUUUCGUUCGGUUUGCUUGGUUCGGAUAAUUUCAUGGUGGACCCAAUCAGUGGCGACGUAAAGGUGAUAAAACCGUUGGACCGUGAGGCCCAGGAUACACUCUCGUUUUCGGUGUCCAUCAAGGAUCGCGUCAGUGCCGCUGGGAUCGAUUCAGAAAACGAUAACAUCGUUAAUGUGCCAAUCACUAUAAUCGUAUUGGAUGAAAAUGAUAAUCCUCCGGAAUUUCAAAAUGUACCAUACGAAACAGAAGUGCUAGAAAACGCGCUUCCCGGCACGAUUAUCUUUCGGUCGAUCCUCGUAACAGACAGGGAUACCGUUGGGGAGAAUCUUGAUAUAACCUGUAUUCCACAGCCGCAAAAUCCGGACGCUUGCGAAAAGUUCACUAUUGAAAUAACUGAAAGUAGGCAGGACAAACUAACAGCGGUAGUUAGACUGAAAGGUCAUUUAGACUACAAUGAACGCAUGAUCUAUCAAAUUUUAUUGGAUGCUACUGAUGGCAUGUUCAAUGCUACUGCUGGCCUUGAAAUCCACGUUAAAGAUGUGCAAAACACUCCUCCGGUGUUUCAAGGAUCUUUAGCGGCUGUCAUCAACGAAGACAGUCCAAUUGGCACGCUGGUGAUGACGAUUCACGCUAGGGAUGGUGAUCGGGGGCAACCCAGAAAAAUUUUAUAUGAAUUAAUUACAAAUCCCAUGGAUUAUUUCCUGCUAGAUCGACAAACAGGAGAGCUUCGCACUGCGAAACCAUUGGACAAGGAAGCCCUCCCCGAUGACACAGGUCUAAUUAUCCUCACUGUGAAAGCUCGAGAAUUGAUCGACGGAGCUCCAGGAAAUGACAACCUCACAGUGGCCACUACGCAAGCAUCAAUCACUAUUCGGGAUGUGAAUGAUUCGCCACCAAUGUUCAACAAAAAGGAAUAUUUUGUGUCAAUGUCAGAAAACACUGCACCCGGUACUCCUUUGCCAAUCGAAAUGAGCGUUCACGAUCCGGAUGUGGGUGAAAAUGCAGUGUUUUCUCUUCGAUUGAAUGACGUAUCCGAGGUGUUUGAUGUCGAGCCAAAAUUAGUUAUGGGCUCCUCCCAGAUUAGUAUACGAGUAGCAAAUGGUUCUCUGGACUACGAAAAUCCAAACCAAAGAAAAUUUAUUGUGCUAGUGAUUGCCGAGGAAACGAAAACUAAUCCGCGGUUAUCAUCAACUGCUACAUUGACCGUCUCCAUAACGGAUUCGAAUGACAAUAGACCUAUUUUUGAGCAAGAUUCAUACUCAGCAACAGUAUCAGAGACUGCCAAUUCAGGACAUUUAAUUACUACGAUAACGGCUAGAGAUCUUGAUUCGGGUCAUUUUGGAGACCAAGGGAUUCGUUACGCAUUGUCAGGAACCGGUGCCGAGUUGUUCCAUGUAGAUUCCGUUACUGGUGCUAUUACGGUAGCAGGCUGUCCACCUGUAGAAAAUAUUUCGGUAAGACGAAAGAGACAGAAUCCUUCCUCAGACGAAUUAACUAUGGAUUAUCCAGUAUUGAAUAAUUUUAACAUUUCUUCUGAUGGGCGAACUGGGUUUCUGGACCGAGAGGAUGAAUAUAUGUCGUAUAAAAUUCUUAGCGAUGGACAAUCUAACGAAUUUAAAGAUAGUAACGUAAUUGCUCCUCCGACAGUUUCUAACUGGGAAGCUUCUGAUUCGGAAGAGAGUGAAACCACUACAACGUGGUAUUUGGCCACUACUAAACAUGCAAAAGACAACAAUCCAUCCUCUACACAAAACAUUUUUCAGCCUAAAGGUAUACAAUCUCAUGACAAAGCAGGUCCAGGAAAAGCGCCCUGUUUGGACUACGAAAACCAAGCAGUUUAUUAUCUAUCUUAUAAAGCUACUGAUGACGAAGGUCGCGGCCAGACCUCAGUCGUUUCGCUACGAAUAACUUUAUUGGACGCAAAUGAUUCUCCACCGGUUUGUGAAAGUCCUCUGUACAGGGCUUCUGUCGAUGAAGGAGCUACCAUCUUUGAACCUCCGCUCAUCAUCAAAGCACGGGAUCCAGAUGUUGUUUCGGAAAUUAAUUAUCGCAUAAUUGGCAACGAGGCAAUUACGCAUCAUUUCGAAAUCGACAAACGUUCCGGUCAGUUGACUAUCUCUAAAAAUACCGCCCUCGAUGUGAAUCAUUUGAAGUCGGAAAUCGUGUUUUUUGCAGUCGAGGCAAGCGAUGGACUCUUCACGACUCUAUGCAACGUGAAUAUAACCAUCCGUGACGUGAACAACCAUGCACCGCAGUUCUCUAGAGAGCAUAAUCUGGCCUCAAUCGAAGAAAAUUUUCCGACUGGCACCAAAGUUGAACGAUUGCAAGCGAUCGAUUUAGAUACGGGGAUAAACGCAGAGAUCAGAUACCGUAUUCAACAAGGUAGCUUUGACGAUUUUGCUAUUAAUAAUAUGACGGGAGUGGUUACAAUUGCGCGAAAGCUCGAUUACGAUCGCCGGAAUACCUAUCAGAUGGAAAUAGUUGCGGCGGAUAUGGGCACGCCCAGUCUUUCCGGUACAACAACCCUGACGGUGAGCAUUAUCAAUAGCAACGACAAGGCUCCCUAUUUUACACCAACAACUCAGCGAGCGGAAAUAUCAGAGGAUGCCGCCGUUGGAACGUUAGUACACACUUUGGUUGCUCUGGACCCGGAUGUGGCAUCUAGUGAAUCGUUGGAUUAUGCAGCUACCGAGCCUAUCACCGCUGUCGAUAAAAACGGAAAGGAAGUCAGUGAAUCGGAGGAUUUCAAAGAUAUGUUCAUCGUUGAUCGGAGCGGAAAGGUCUUUGUGAACAAAAAACUGCAGCGUGAUGAGUUCGCGGUCAUACGCAUAACGAUACUCGUGACAGACACAACCGCUCCUACAGUGCAGCAAGGUGAAGGUCUUCUAAUAAUUACAAUCAUUGAUGUUAACGAAGAGCCACCGCUGUUUGUAGCACCGUGGACCCAAGCGGAACCUCGUUACCGAUUUGAAGUAUUGGAAGAACAGCCGCUUGGUACUAUCCUGACGACGAUGCAAGCAACAGAUGCGGACUCUACCGUCGCCGAGUACCGGAUGACAGAUAACAGCUAUUUCGAGAUAAACAACACAACAGGGCUCAUUCGCAGCAAGGCCCGCAUCGAUUAUGAACAAGUAUCGAUGAUUGAUUUCAACGUGGUAGUGGUGGACACCGGUAUACCGCAGUUAUCAUCGACAGCCGAAGUGACGGUAGAUGUUAUCAAUGCAAAUGACAACGAACCAAUUUUCGAGGCACCGGAGUAUCAACUGACGGUACUGGAGAAUUCCCCCACAGGUACAGUCGCUGGAACUGUAACGGCCGUGGACAAUGAUUUGGGAAAGUACGGUGAAAUAACCUACUCGCUAGUAGGAGAUCAUAGUGCUUAUUUCGCUAUCGAUCCGGAUACUGGCGUUAUUACGGUAAAAAAUAGUUCAGCACUGGAUCGCGAGCGAGAGUCUGAGCUUGGGUUAACUGCAAUUGCUGCAGAUCGGGCACCAGAAGCGAUUCGUCGUACGACAACUGCGCCGAUUAGUAUUAAAAUACUGGACGAGAACGAUAAUGCGCCAACUUUCUCGCAAAAGAUUUAUCAUGCCACGGUAGCAGAAAAUGCGGCACUCAAACCUCCAGCAGCCAUUUUGCAGGUUAGUGCUACAGAUCCGGACGAAGGACCAUCAGGGGAUGUGAAAUACAGCAUCACUCAAAGUGAUAUUCGGGACACUUUCCGACUGGAUGCUAAUUCCGGAAUUUUGUAUCCAGGAGUUAGUUUGCUUGGAUUAAAUGGUCAAUACCGCAUAGAAAUCGAAGCCCGGGAUGGUUUAGGAUCCGGUCCCCAUAGUGAUACGGCCGUUAUAAUGAUAGAAAUACAAAGCAUCAAUCAGCAUCGACCCGUGUUCAUCAUGCCAGCGUUGUAUAAUGCAUCAGUUGAAAUACCGGAGAAUUUAGCGAUGACGGACUAUCUCGUUAUGACGGUGAAAGCGACUGAUAACGAUGAGGGAACGAAUGGAAAGGUGCUAUAUCAUUUACAGGUCAACAACCAGAAUGUGCAACACACGGAUGAAUUCGAAAUCAACGAGAUGUCUGGCGAACUGCGCAUUCGAAGGCCACUAGAUCGAAAACGCCAGUCUCGUUUCGAGUUGAUACUGGUGGCGCGGGAUCAAGGUACACCGGCGUGGUUCGAAACGCUGCGAUUUCUAACGGUUGUGCUGGUUGAUGUGAACGAAAAUUAUCCAGAAUUUCCCGACGCAUCCAACCCCUACAAGUUCGUUAUUGCGGAAAAUAGCCCGAAAGAUAUUCGCAUCGGGAAGAUUCAAGCCUUCUACGAUAGCGUCGAUCCCAAGAUCUUUUAUUACAUACUCUUGGGCAAUGAGGAAAAGGCAUUUUAUGUGGACAAAACGACUGGGGAUAUUUAUACUAACAAGUCAUUGGAUCGUGAAGAAUCAGACGUGUAUGCUUUAUACAUUCAAGCUAGUAAGAAGUCUGAUUUAUUAGUAACAGAACGUGAUAGAAUGAUGAUGUCUAUUAAGAAGUUGGAGCGGGACAGCACUGUUGCUAAAGUUUGGAUUACAGUACUGGACGUAAACGACAAUCCUCCGGUGUUUAAGCAGGAUAUCUACCACGCUGGUAUUAGUUCUAAAGCAUCUAUAAAUGAAUUGGUGACAAUUGUUAAUGCAACCGAUCGAGACCUAGGAACCAAUUCUACUAUGGAAUUUUUUAUUAGUGGUUCCUUUUUAUACAAAUACAAUUCUCUCAAAACAACAGGAAGUAUUGUACCCAGUCCAUUUACAAUUGGGAAAGAUGGCCGUAUCAUGACCGCUAACUACAUGGCAGAAUACAACCAGGAUCGCUUCAUCUUGGAGAUUGUGGCCAAGGAAGUAGAGUCUCCUGAGCGUAUUGCUACGGCUAAGGUGCACGUUUGGAUUUUCAAUCCAGAACAACUAGUGAGGGUAAUACUGUCCAGGCCACCGUCGGAAGUACACAUGGAGCGCGAGGAAAUCAUAUCAGAGUUGUCCAACGCUACCCAGAAGCUGAUUAUCGUGGAUGAAGUUCGUUAUCAUGUUGACAGUUUGGGGAGAAUAAGAAUGGACUGGUGCGAUAUGUACUUCCACGCGAUCGACAUGAAUACGCAGACGAUUGUUCCUGUUGAGGAAAUUCUAAGAGAAAUCGACGCCAAAUAUGACUUCUUGCAGGAUUACAAUGCUGGCUUUUCGAUUGAGAACGUAGUUCCAGCUUACGCAACCACCGUCCAGGACGAGUUCGACCUGGCUCUGGCUGCGAUAAUCGCCUUGCUGAUAGUGCUAUUUGUUGGUGCAGUGAGUUUCACUGUUCUUUGCUGCUGCCUCAAACACUGGGUUAUAACAAUUCCCAACGAGACGAGAAGGAAGGACGCUUUGAUCAAAAAGCAGAUUAUCGAGGAUUUGAAUACCACCGAGAAUCCACUUUGGAUUGAGCAAAAGUUAAAGCUGUACGAAGAGCAAGAACUGACUAUGCAAGUAUUUUCGGAGCCGGAACUAACGCAACAGCAACAGCAGCAGCAGAUGAGCCCGAAUGCAGCGCCUUCAAUCAACCAGGAGCAGGCAUUGGUGCUUGGCCUCGACCGUAGGGAUUCGUAUGAACUAUCCCAGGGUGGCGGCGAUAACACGUAUGCGACUAUCCAGCCGCGGAAUUUUACCUCCAAUCUGAGUGCAGUGCUGGGCAGCGGGGUAGGAAGCGGCAGCGCUGGCGGUGGCGGAGGAGGGGUUGCUAUCGGCAGUGGCGCCUCUGGUUGCCUUGGGCUAAGCGGAGAAAUGUCGGAUUAUGCGACGCUUCGAAACAGUAGGCCGCCUUCGAUGUACGAAUUUCGAGGGUCGACUUUUCAGGUACAACAGCUGGCGGGAGGUGAACAACCAGACUUCGUGACGGAAUUAAUUUAAGACAUUUUUAGAAACAUUCCACAAGUGUAUUUUGUUAUACAUAUACGUAUAGUGUAGUCGAUACCAGAAGUAUGUCAACGAUUAGCAAUCAAAUAGCUAAAAUAAAAGAUAAAAAAUUGAUGAGACACCGCAACAAACGAGUGUCACUCUAAUAAAUACUAAAAUUUUAAAAUCCCCUAAUGCCAAGUCGAAAAAAUGUAACCAUGGUAAUGAAAUUAACAACACAAAAAAAAAACAAAGAAUGCUCAAUUUGUUAUACAUCAUGUUGAAUAAUCAAUGUGACAACAAUGUGAACUGUGAAAAAACUUUAGCGACGUGGAAUCAGUUAGCAAAAAUUCACCAGGCGCUUCUCUAACAAAAGACUUUUGAGAUAAGAAGAGGCAACAACACUUUGAUAGACAAUAAAUAGGAGGUAUCUCGAAAAGUAGUAUUUAUCAAGGAAAAAUAUUAUAAUAUGACAUUGUGCGUAUGAUAAAACGUAGAACAAUUCUAUCGUUUUUGAUUGAGAUGUUUAUAAUUUAUAGAGCUAACAUUUUUUUUGAUGGAUACAUAUUUUUUGUAUUUCCUUCGUAAUCAACGAGAAUCCGAAAUUUUAACCUGCGAUAGAGUGCAGAGCAAAAUAGUUACAUAUUAUAUAUUUUAGUAUGUAAAUGAUUGAGAUUAACCUGUCGUGUAUUUUUGUCAUAAUCUUAAGCAAAUUGUACGUUGUUGUUGUGUCACGACAAAACAUUAACUUAUUCAUCCCAAUGAUUACACUUAAACUGACCGUCCACAUUUGGCUAAUUUUAGUUCCUUUAUAAUGUGUUGAUGAGUUGCGCAUGCAUGAACCUACAUAUAAAUUCUUAGAAAUAAUACAACAUUGGAAAUUUUUGAGAAGCGACGAAAAUUAGUUUUGUUGCGGCAAUUAUUGAUAAGAACUUGAAAUUUCGAGAGAACCGGUGUAUCUGUAUGAAUAAGCGAUAAAACUGGAGGAAAUAUGCUCACAAAUGUAAAUAAUUAAAUCUAGAAAGUACGAAGACGUUGUUAAACAUUGAUUAGGUCCAAGCUCACAAGGACCCGUUAUUGUAAUUGGUGGCAGAUAUAUUAUUGUAAAUUGAACUCCUUUUCGGGUCACUCUGUAUCGAAAUUUCACCUUAUUUGGAAAGGUAAACCAUUUUACACAUAGCGGAGACAAAACGUUGAACGUAUUUAUCAGUUUGAAAUGUAUGCUUAAUUUCCUCAUUUUUUUAAACUGCUCCUGAGCAUAAAGAAUACAAAUUUGGAGAAUGAGAUAUAUUUUCAACGAACAUUUUUAUUCACACUGUACAAAUUUAGAACGAAAAAUGUAAAAUACUAUCGAUUGGAAUUGUUUGUGGAAUUGAUAAGUAGUGUAUUUCGAAGAAACAACAAGAUACACUUUAUUUUUAAAGAAAACACUAGACUUAUAUUGAAUGAAUUAUGGUUUCUGUAUAGAACACAAGUUUUAAGCCAGAAAACAAGAAAUAAAACUUUUAGUAAAAAAUGUUUUUAACAAAAA